AUGUUACUCAACUCGGGGCCAACACAGAUCCCACUUCUAGAGUCAGCGGCUUCCGCGCCAGAGAACAAUAAUCACUACCACGGACAAACCGACCUCUUCCAGCUCGCAGGGAUUCUCGGGGAACGAACCAUCAAGAAUCAUGCUUUCCAGGAUGGCAAUAAGCGGACUGCACUUAUAGCGACUGAUAUGUUCCUCAAGAUCAACGGGGUCAAGCUGAUCGACAACGGCAUGGAGCGGGCCCAUUCUCUGAUAUCUGUCGCAGAAAAUAAGUGGACCGCUGAGGAACUGUCGGAGUACUACAGGAGUAUCGCGAAGCCGAUGAGGGUCGAGAGCGGUGGAAAGGACGGACGAGAGAUGUAG